AUGGCGUUCAACCAGUCAGCCCCCUCGUCAACGAGGAUGGCCCUCUCACAAUCCGACACAGCCUUCUUGGAGGCUUUGGUUCCGGGGUACACUUUUAUAUCCCGGAUUUUCCUUUCAUAUCUUCACAUUGACCUUGCCGCUUAUCUACAAUAUUUCGUUGCACUGGCCCUUUUCGGUGUCUCCAUGCGAUAUCUUUCUGAGUAUCUCACGCAAUUCUUUGAAACAUACCUUGUCUGCACGGCAGAGAUGCGCCUCGACGAUGAGCUCUUCAACUACUUGAUGUACUGGUGGUCCCGACGACCAAACACGAAGCGUACAAAUCAUUUCUUGGCCGGUGUCCGAACAAAUGGCUAUUGGGGCGAUGACGACGACGAUUCCGACAACGCCGAUUCGGAUGAUGAAGACGAAGAAUGGAGUGUUGUCGAUGGCUCUACGAAUGCAGAGUCGUUCGAUGACUACUGGACGAAGGUCAUCAACCGCGACAAGUACAAGAAGCUGCGCUUUACACCUGCGCAGGGCCGCCACUAUUUCUGGUACCAGGGACGACUAUUGAUGUUGGAGCGACGGUAUGAGCAGUCCGGAGCUCGCUGGGUGCUCAACAACGAGAAGCUGUAUCUGUCAUGCUUGGGUCGGGACCCUUCCAUCCUUCAUAAGCUUCUUUCCGAUGCUCAACACAAAUUUGUCGAGCGCGAUGGGAGCCGAACGAUUAUCUACCGUGGACAACGAGGCUCCUCGGGUUCUACAUUCGAUUGGUGCCGGUGUAUGUCUCGACCGCCUCGCCCUCUGGACACUGUUAUUUUGGAUAAUACUCAGAAACAACUAUUCUUGGCCGAUAUCGAAGACUACCUCGAGAAAGGAACGGCCGAAUGGUACGCGGAGCAUGGUAUCCCUUACCGACGUGGGUAUCUACUUUCUGGACCUCCCGGCACUGGCAAGUCUAGUCUUUGUUUUGCCGUCGCAGGCAAGCUUGGACUGAAGAUUUAUCUCCUCAACCUGAGUUCUCGAGCCUUGGAUGAGGACAACCUCUACGCGCUGUUCUCUGAGCUUCCUCGACGAUGCAUCCUUCUCGUUGAGGAUGUUGAUACCUCCGAGAUCACCCAUAGCCGAGGACAGUCGAUUUUCCCUCGGUCUGGUCCAAGCCAAGCGGACAACUCACCUUCGAACACAGACAACAAUUCCUCUCCGGAUGAACCUGGCAAGAUCAGCCCAGACGGGAAGACUGAGAAAACUGGAAUCACUCUUUCGAGCUUACUGAAUGUGCUUGACGGCGUGGCUGCCAGCGAAGGUCGUAUCCUCGUCAUGACAACCAACCACCCCGAGAAGCUCGAUGACGCACUUCUGCGCGCCGGCCGUGUUGAUAUGCAGAUCGAGUUCCGCCUCGCAAUCUCUGAAGACAUUGAGAACCUCUACAAGUCAAUCUACUCAGUCUCCAAAGAAGCACGCGUUCGCCAAUCACCUCGCCGGGUGAAGCAAUUGCAGAACGGUAGCGAAGAGGAUGGAGAGUCAGAUGAUCACAAGCCCAAUGGUGUCCACUCACGUCGACACGAGCUGCAGUCUCGCAUCGAGAAUCUUGCGAAGGAGUUUGCUUCUCUUGUCCCCAGUGGAGAGUUUUCCCCGGCUGAGAUUCAGGGAUAUCUCCUCAAGCAUAAGGAUCACCCCGAGAGAGCCAUUAGAGAUGUCGCAGAAUGGGUGAAGGAGGAGAGGGAGAAGAAACGUGCGAAGAAAGCAGCUGAGAUCAAGGCUAAGGAGUCUCAAGGGAAGAAGCAAUCUUAA